AUGCUCACAAUGUCUGGACGAGGAAAGGGAGGAAAAGGGCUCGGUAAAGGAGGCGCAAAGCGUCACCGCAAAGUUCUCCGUGAUAACAUCCAGGGAAUUACCAAGCCCGCCAUCCGCCGCCUGGCUCGCCGUGGCGGAGUGAAGCGUAUCUCCGGUCUGAUCUACGAGGAGACCCGCGGCGUGUUGAAGGUUUUCCUUGAGAACGUGAUCCGCGAUGCUGUCACCUACACCGAGCACGCCAAGAGGAAGACCGUCACCGCUAUGGACGUGGUGUAUGCUCUGAAGAGACAGGGCCGCAGGGCUAAUACGUCCCUCCUCGUCUCCAGCAGUACGUCGAGGCUUGCUCGAACCAAGCAGACCGCCCGUAAAUCCACCGGAGGCAAAGCCCCCAGGAAGCAGCUGGCCACCAAGGCUGCGCGUAAGAGCGCCCCGGCCACCGGCGGCGUGAAGAAGCCUCACCGUUACAGGCCCGGUACCGUGGCUCUGAGAGAGAUCCGUCGCUACCAGAAAUCUACGGAGCUGCUGAUCCGCAAGCUGCCCUUCCAGCGCCUGGUGAGAGAAAUCGCUCAGGAUUUCAAGACCGACCUGCGCUUCCAGAGCUCCGCUGUCAUGGCUCUGCAGGAGGCCAGCGAGGCUUACCUGGUCGGCCUCUUUGAGGACACCAACCUGUGCGCCAUCCACGCCAAGAGGGUUACCAUCAUGCCCAAGGACAUCCAGCUGGCCCGCCGUAUCCGUGGAGAGAGAGCUUAA